UGACUAGAGAUGCUAGUCGGCAUGUAAACACAGAGGCACAUCAUGACCAACACGUCCGAGCCACCGCAGCAAGAUGCUGAACUUUAGCCAGAUACUUUGUAGCUAGCUGGGGCAUAAUAAUAAUAAUAAUUCCGUACACACAAAACACGGUCACAUAUAGACGAGCAGCCGCCAUGAAACUGCACGAGGCGCUCCGUAAUGUCAGCAAGUUCAGGACCGUGUUCGACUUUGGAGGACGGGAAGUGGCUCACUGGUUCCCCGGACACAUGGCUAAAGGACUGAAGCAGAUGAGAGCCAGCCUGAAGAGUGUGGACUGUAUCAUAGAGAUCCAUGAUGCCAGAAUCCCCUUUUCGGGAAGAAACCCUGUGUUUCAGGAGACUCUAGAUGUCAGACCUCAUCUGCUGGUCCUCAACAAGAUGGACCUCGCUGAUCUGUCCAACAAGCAGAGAAUCCUGAAGACGUUAGAAAAAAACAGGGUGAGGAAUGUUCUCUUCACAGACUGUUUAAAGCAGAGAGAUGACAACAUCAAAAAGUUGGUGCCAACGGUGGUGGAAAUGAUUGAGAGCCAACCACGCUUUAACAGAGUUGAGAAUACAAAUUACUGCCUGAUGGUGAUUGGAGUACCCAACGUUGGGAAGUCAUCUCUUAUUAACUCACUGAGAAGAACAAACUUGAAAAAAGGUCGUGCAUCUCGAGUAGGCGGAGAGCCAGGUAUAACUAAAGCAGUCCUGACUAAAAUACAGGUGUGUGAGCGACCCAUAAUGCACCUGUUGGACACGCCAGGAGUCUUGCCUCCGAAGAUUGAGAGUGUUGAAACGGGCAUGAAGCUGGCGUUAUGUGGAACUAUUCUGGACCAUUUAGUGGGUGAAGACAUAAUCGCUGACUACUUACUGUAUUCCCUGAACAGGCUUGAGAAGUUCAGUUACGUAGAGAAAUACGACCUCCAAGAGCCAAGCGAUGACAUUCAGCAUGUCCUCAAACGUAUUGCUGUAAAACUUGGAAUGACACAACGGGUCAAAGCCAUUACUGGAGUUGGGAACAUCACCAUCACUGUCCCAAACUACACAGCAGCAGCUUACAAUUUCAUCAGAGCCUUCAGGAAAGGAGAGCUGGGACAAGUAAUGCUGGACUGACCUCAGACAUUUUAACGAAGAUAACCGGGGAGUGUUUCUAGGUUUUACCAGCGCUGCCCCACAAAAGCAUCACCAAGGGAAGUCCAUCUCUGUCCUCAUUUCAGGGACAUGAUGCAGUCUGUUUUGUUUAUAAAUGUUAUGUAAGAAAGCACUGUAUCAUUUGUAAAUAAAAGAAUCAAACUGGA